AUGUUGGUGGUUAUCGUUGCUGCACAUUAUAUUGAUGGUGUCUUUGAACAKGGCGGGUCAUCGGAGCAUAAAAAAGGAUUGUCAACAGAAUGCGCCAAGAAUAUCACAGAGGCUCUUGGAGCGACAGUGGAAAGGGUUAGGCCGGUGUCUAGGAUUUACUUGGUUGUUGUGCCAGAAAAAUUUAUGGAAUUUGUGGAACUGAUGCAGGAAAUGGAACACAGAUAUGGAGGCAAGGACUUUGUGACUAGCAAAGACACCACUUUUUUAGCCCCGGUCACCUACUACCUGACCGAAGUUGACUCCAAGUACCGUGGAUUCCAUGCGAAAGAGACCACCAUGACAUUUGCUGGUGCAGCAGAUACAACAUUCACAACACUAGAAUUGGCAUUCAGUGAGCUAGUAAGAAACCCACGAGUAAUGAAAAAACUACAAAAAGAAGUGAAGUUUAUAGCCCAAGGCAAACCAGAAAUCACGGAGGACGACAUAGGAAAACUUGAGUACUUGAAUGCUGUGUUCAAAGAGACUUUACGCCUACAUGCACCUGCUCCACUAGUUAUUCGAGCAUCGUCUGAAGAUGUCAAAUUGAUGGGAUAUGAUAUCCAAGCCAAAACGAAAGUAUUUAUCAACUUAUGGUCACUAGGACGAGAUCCUGCGAUAUGGGAGGAACACGAGGAGUUUAGGCCAGAGAGAUUUUUGAAUAGUCCAUAUGAUUACAAAGGAUCUCAUCUUGAGUUCAUCCCUUUUGGUGGUGGAAGGAGAGGGUGUCCUGGUGUUCAGUUUGCCAAUACCCUAAUGGAGCUUUCUCUUGCGAAUGUGGUUUACAAAUUUGAUCUUGCACUUCCUGGUGGAGAGAGAGGGGAGAAUUUGGACAUGAGUGAGAGAAAUGCUCUUACAGUCCAUAGGAAAAAUCCGUUACGUCUUGUGGCUACUCCUCAUUUAGAAUAG